UGGAUGCCUUUUUCUUCUAACAUUCGACGAAUGUGUGGGGCGAUGUAUGCCCCCGGGGGCUCCCCUCGGCCACUGUUCGAUUCUUCGACACCGAGCAGUAGUGUUGUGGCAUUACCAAGACUGCUACAUUCGAUCUUUUGCUGUGUAUCCUGCAAAGAUCAAUCCCUGCCGGCGCACGAACGACGAUGGACCCCCGACUGAUGUGCCACUUCGACGACACCGGCUGCGACUCGCCCCGCAGCAGCCACUUGUCGGACGAAGACGACCUUCAACGGGUCGCGCGCCUGCAGGCCAAGAAGGCCAUGAUUGUACAGUCCCCUGUGUGCAAUUUUGAAGCCUUCAGCCACUUCUUCCAUCUCCCCCUCAAGGCCGCCGCGGAAAAGUUUGGCGUGCGCGCGACCGCGUUCAAGAAGAGGUGUCGGUCAAUUGGGAUCCGCCAUUGGCCGUACCGAAAGGUCCGCAGCCUCAAGCGCUCCCUCCAGGAGCUCAAUCGGUGCAAAGAAAACGGGAUCCUCAACGACAAGCAGCUUUACCAAUUCGAGACGUUCAAGAAACAGCUCGACAAGCUCAUGUCUCCCGUCACCUAUGGCAUCGACCCGUCUGGCCAAAUUAUGCAUGCCUUUGUCGACGACGACGACGACUUUGACUCGGGCGAUGACAUGUGCUCCGUCGGAAGCCCUCGCUAUGGCGCGUCCUUUUCGGACUGCUCCAUCAGCCCUUCCGAAAUGGACAAAUCGUCGUCCCAAGCAUUUCCUGACUACCCCAACGACGUCCAUACCAACUUUGACAAGUUGCCACCGCUGCGAAAGCCUUCUUCGAUGAACACGGCGUUUCAAUGCAUACCGCGAACGAUCAAUGUUCCCGUCCUCGCCGACAUGCCCGCGUUGACACUCCGCAUGACAUCCAAGGACCUGUCGUCUGUGCAUGGCCCAAAGACAGCGGCGCCUUCCGCCGCCAUGGACUCAUACUUUGAUCGGCCCUUGCACAUGCACCACUUGGACGAGUACAUGGACCACCACCAGGGAGACGUCGGCGACGACGACCAGGUGUGCCCGAUGGUCGACGACGACAUCAUGCUAACAGACAUCAAGUACGAAGAAGACGAGGCGGUAUUCCACGACGGAGUCGACUACAGCGGCGAGCGCUUCUUCGACGACGUGUUCCUACAAAUCUCCCCCGACUAUGGCUGUUUAGUUUGACGAGGAGGAACUGCCGUUAGAAUUAGCCCACCCCCCCUUCGGCGUGCUUACGAUCUGUAACACUACGCAUGUACACUACGUCCAUCUACGUGCACGGCCUUGCGCCGCUCAUCCUUUUCGACGGGCUGAGGCGAACAGCGACAAGGUAAUGAAGCGAUUCGCUGUGGGGGCGUCCGUUUGUUUCGGACCCGUUUGUCUACGACGUUUGAGCUGCAGGCGUCGGCGUUGGAACCAAUGUCGUGCCCACAGCGUUUUGGUUCGCACAACACACCAAAGCCGACUGAAGGGACGUUGCUUCGAACGUCGGGGGGCCAAAAAGAUGUCGACUCUGUCCUGGGGAGCAGCGUUCAGGAGGUGCUGGAACUGAAUGCAACGCUCUUGAAUCAUGUACGGAUCAAGACGGUGGAGGGCUGUGCGCCACCCUGCACACGGCAGGGGCGGAAGACACCGAGCGAUGCUCUCGGUGGCAUGAUGGAACGCUUUGAAAUCAUUGAAACGGCGCUUGACCGUGGUUCCGCCGUGCAUCUCGAUGUGGUAAAAUACAACCGCAGCUCGAUUGACACGAUGGAUCGAGUAGUUGGCAAUGUAAUAGCCUUCGAAUGAGGACGACACCGAGGCGUCGAGUCCUCGGUGGAUGGCAGGCUGCGGAUGGUACGUCGACAAAGUUGGCGGCGGAGGCGGCGUUGGUGUUCCGAGUGUGCCGCCCAUGUUGACACAACAUACAGCUGGG